AUGGCUACUCCAGGAAGGCCCCCCGACUCAGAACGCGAGACAGAACACCUAAACCCAAGAACUCCUAUGCGACAACAUCUAACACCCGGCCAAUACCCUGUCUCCCCAACACCUCCUAUACACCUUACACCUCUUAAUGAGAUCAAGGAACUAUUCAGACCUAUGGAGGAAGAAUGGAAGGAGAGAGUCGCACAAUUCGACCAAAGAAUGAACGAAGAUCCUAAUAAUGCCUCACUCCUUGAAGUUGCUAAGUAUAUCGAGACUGCGAUGUUCCUCUAUAUAUAA